GCUUGCUCCUCUUGCUCAUCGCCCAAGUGAGAAAGUGAGCAUCUUUCUCCACCACGCAGCAUUUUCUUCAGAUUUUGGGACCCUGUGGCGAUUUAAACAACUUUUCGUACUUCUCACAUUUUACAACUUUGUAAAAUCAAGCACUGACGCCUACUCCUGCUGGGUUUCACUACCGAGUGGUGUUUAAAUUAUUUUCAGGAAGUGUACAUUUCUAUUUACGCACACGAUAGCGGGCGUAUCAUCCCCCUUCGAUUCCGGUGAUUUCCUAUUCUUCCAUUGAGACUCAAAAUUUAGAGAUAUGAUCAACUUAAACUGGAAGAAUUUAAUUUCCGGUGGUAAAUAUAAAAUACAUAAAAGAGAAGGGUGAAUUUUAAGCCAAACCAACCAACCUGACUAUUAUGCAGAAAGAGGGGGUGAGAUGAGAAAGUUGGUGAACGAAUAACACGCAGUGUAUCGGAGAUGUGGUGACUAGUGAGAAUACUGGAAAAGUGCGUACAUGCAAGUAUUAUGUAAUGCAUGACUAACGUGUCUUAUCAUCCCAGCCAUCCAAUUGAAUUUUCCCUGCGGAAGAAAACUUUCUGUAUAAAAAGAUUCAAAUUUGACAUUGACACUCCCUCAUCAACCAGCAGUACAUAAUUUUGUACCGAAAUCAUUCCCAAAAAAGUUUGACUUCCCCCAUGACGAGGAAGAGACAGAGUUCAUACAUACAAAUGAUCAAAAGAUCGCUAGUCUGCCGAGGCUGAAAAACGUUGACAUGGACCAAUGUACAAAAAUAAAGUGCACACUUCGCGUAAAGAUGAAGUUUCCUAUUCAAAUUUUCCUAAUAAGUUUGAUUUUCUAUUCAAACGUUGAAAGUCUUGAUCUUUCACAAUGUACAAUGCCUUUGGGGAUGGAAAGUUAUGACAUUGCAGACUCGGACAUUACCGCCUCUAGCUCUUAUGAAAAUGGAAAUGUUGGACCAUUUCUUGGCAGAGUUCGAACGGAAAAUCAAGGAGGGGCUUGGUGUCCGAAGAAUCAAAUUACUUCCGAAGGCGAAGAAUGGCUGCAAAUUGAUCUGCACACAACGCGCGUGAUAACUGAGACGGAGACACAGGGAAGGUUUGGUAAUGGUCAGGGUCUGGAAUUUGCAGAGACUUACAUGCUGUCAUACUGGAGACCGCAGUUAAAUAAAUUCGUUCGUUAUCGAGAUCACACGGGAAACGAGAUUCUCAAAGGGAAUAUCAAUACUUACCUGGCCGCAAAAACGGAGCUAAAUCCACCCAUAAUAGCUUCUAAAAUUCGAAUCAUUCCAUACUCGUACCACAGACGGACGGUAUGUAUGCGGGUCGAGAUUUACGGCUGUCCAUAUCGAGGUGGCCUGCAAAGCUAUGCCAUGUCUCAAGGAAGCAAGUUGGGCGAAAACUGGGAACUUUAUGACUUCAGUUACGAUGGACAAUGGGAGGGACAGUAUUUACAAUACGGACUCGGGCAGCUCGUGGACGGAAAAGGAGGCCCUGUAGACUUCAAGGACGAUUAUUAUGCUGAAAAUGGGAAAGGCUGGGUAGGGUGGAGGAAUGAAUCUAGAAAUGCCACAAAUCCCUUAGAAAUUCUCUUUAAUUUCGAUGCCGUUCGAGAGUUCAACAGCGUACACAUUCACACUUCAAACCAGUUUACUAAAGGCGUCCAGGUGUUUUCUGAAGCGAGGAUAUUCUUCAGCAUUGGGGGCAAAUUAUUCCCUGGAGCCGCCAUCGCUUUUGUCCCAAGUGAGGACUGCAUUUUCGAGGACCCUAAAAACAUUACCAUUAAACUGCAUCAUCGAAUAGGGCAAUAUGUCAAAAUUCAACUUUUCUGGGCCUCCAAAUGGCUGCUCAUUAGUGAGAUUACUUUCGACUCCCAGCCUGCCAUGGGGAACUUUACGGACGAGGGGAGCUUGCCUGUUGGCAACAGCAGCAGCACGAAAGAGACUAAAGACACUCUCAACAACUCCCAAACUAAUGUCUCCUCACGUAUCGUAAUUGAUAAUCCCGAGCUUCCCAUCAACGUUGCAAAUUCUGUUGUAGACCGUACCCCAACAUUGGUGGAAGAGUUUUCAUCAUCUACAGUAGUGAUAACUGCCGUGAUCAGCUCCUGUAUCGCCAUUCUCCUUGUCCUCCUAAUGAUUUUGGCUGCUUUUCUUCUGAGAAAUCGUCUCUUUGUCCAAGAAAAGAUACCACCACCAAGCCAACCAAAUUCCAUGCACUAUGGAGAAGUAGGCUUCAACAAUGGAAUCGGGUUCGCCGGCUGUCAAAGUGACUUUGGUUAUGCUGCCCCACUUGUUCUGCUGGCAUCACGAGGAGACACAAAAUCCAAGUCUCCACAAACGAUGGCUUCAUCCCUUUCAAGAGAUUAUGAACCCUUUAAGGCCUUUUCCAGCUUUGUGGGAUCAAAUGCUAAUAAUACUGCUGCCAAGUCUAAUGGGGGUUCCAUUAGUUCAUCAGGAAACUCUAAAACAGCAGAGUACUAUAGCUGUGCUUUGCUACCAAACCCAGCCUUCAUUAAUAAGACAGAUUUGAAGGCAAGUGACUACGAGUACGUUUCAAACGCGGGGGACUUUAAUCUUGUUCCAACAAGUCACAAAAAUCCCAGAAGGAACAGAUCUCCAGAUACAUCCCUCUCCCCACCACCAAUGUUCAAGACCAAUAUCAGAGGUCAUCACAAUAUCUCACUACGACUGAGGGAACUCGGGCUGCCCGAAAUCCCGAAAGAGAAUUUAAUUCUUUUGAAACAAGUUGGCCAAGGAAUUUUUGGGACGAUAUUUAUCGGCGAACUUCAUUGGUCAAAUACUAUGGAUAGACACCUUGUGACAGUGAAACGCUUGUUACGAAAUGCAUCUGAAAAAGACAAGAUGGAUUUCCUUACAGAGGUUCGACUCUUAUCCACUUUAAAAGAUCCCAACGUCACGCAAGUGAUGGGCUUGUGUACAGAAGAGGAGCCCUUUUCUGUGGCGCUUGAGUUUUUGGAAUUAGGGGACCUUUGUCAAUUUCUCAGACAAAACGAUACUCUACAAUCUGCUUCAAAGAGAAAGCUAAGUGAUGGAGACCUUCUUCAUUUGGGCAGCCAAAUAGCAAGCGGAAUGAAAUUUCUCGAGAGCAAGAAUAUUGUACAUCGCGAUCUAGCUGCAAGGAAUUGCGUUGUCAGCCGGUGUCUGACGGUUAAGAUUUCUCAUUUUGUCUCAGACACCGGGCUUUACUCUCAAGAUUACUACCAAAUUGAUGGCAAAAUGGGUUUACCUUUACGCUGGAUGGCGUGGGAAAGUAUAUUUCUGGGAAAGUAUUCUACCAAAAGUGACGUCUGGUCAAUGGGAGUACUUCUUUGGGAAAUCCUCACAUUUUGUCGACAAUCUCCGUACCCUUCAUUCACUGAUCAAGAAGUAAUUCAUAAUGCAAGACGCCUAUCUCUCGAUGAUGAUGCUGAUCCCUUUCAAGUGUUAAACCAUCCCUACAACUGUCCCCGAGAUGUUUAUGAGCUGAUGUGUGAUACCUGGAAAAGAAAUGAUGUGGAAAGGCCAUCUUUUUGGGAAAUCCAUUGUUUUUUGAUGAGAAAGAAUAUGAAUUAUUGUAACAAGACCUCGCAUCCAAACUCGCGAACGAACGUUGGAACAACGAACAAACCUGAUGCACGGACUUCGUACUAUGUCUGAGUCCUACGACCCCUCAAUAAUACGUAAUAUUAUAUGCAUACAGGAUACCACAUUUGCAUUCAUUCCUGAUAAUUUAUGACACUUUGUAAUACUUAUUGACCCUUAACAAUGACUCGAUCGGUGUUAUACCAUCUUUAUCGUAUACAUAUAUUUCGAAAUUCUUAUUGCACAAGCUUUAUAUAUUUAUUAUUCACGAAACAAUUUUUACCAAUUUUGAAAAUGCUAUUUAUAAAUAUGUAUGGUUGAAUUUAUUGUACUUGAAGGUUAUGAACUAGUAUUAUAUCAAAAGCCAGUUUGUAUGCAUGUGUGCCAUAUUGUCUUCUGUAUGUAUAUAUAUUUCUCCAUUGUAUGUAUGUAAAUCAAGGUGCUCGCUCCUUUGUGUAGGCUUCUUUCACGAAAACCUGAACAAGUGUCAAAUGUCAGAAAGUCAAUAUGUGUACAAAAAGAAAAGAAAAUACAACACAAAAUUUCUCAAGAUGAA